AUGUGCAACGAUUCAAUCAUCAAUAUAAAAUACGAUGAUGAAUACAAAGUUCAGAUUGACUUUUCAAUACUCUAUAAGAACAAGGUGUACAAUUAUACUGAGUAUCGAGUUCUGAAUGAUAGCAUAAAGAUUUGUAACUCCACUGAUAACUACGUGCGGAAUAGUUGGAAACUACGCAAUGUCUGGGUAAAAGGUACAAUGCAUCAAAAGAGUUGCAAUAAACCCAUGACAUACAUUCAGUUCGACCGAUGGGAAUACACUGUGCUUAAACAUUUUAGAGUUAUGAUUUUGGCAACAAAGAAGCUGAUAACAAAGUACGAUUAUGCUGUGUUUAAAGGUAAAAUUAUAACAUGUGUGACCGAAUGCGCCAAAGUUACUUUUACUAUAAAGUAUGAAGACGAAUACAGAGUAUGGAACAACUUCUCAAUGAUGUACCAAGGUCGAAUGUACUAUUAUGAUGAGUACAUAAUAACGGAUGAUGGUCUACAAGUUUGUAAUUCUUCUGACCGUCUUAUUAAAGAAAAAUGGCUGAAUUUCAUUGUUUCGGAAAAGAAAACGGCAGCUUUCAAACAUUGUAAUGUAUCUGUGGACGGUUUUUAUUCCGAAAAUUACACAUUACAUACAAACUUUACUGUUUUCUUCAAACCUACCAAUCAAAAUUUCACAAGGCAAGAUUACGGAGUGAUUUUGGGGUAUUUUGCAAUUUGUUCAAGAAAGCUCAGAUUGUCCUGCAAUGAUGAUUUGGUAAAGUGA